GCGGCGGCGGGGACCGUGACGGCGGCGGCGGCGGUCGCGGGGGCCCGGAGCUGAGAGGCGCUGCCGCUCGGACCGGCGCGGUUAUAUUUCACACUAUGUGCUGACUGUAUUUACAGAAGAUAUUUAAAAAACAAACAAACUUCUUUUUUUUUGAAAGAUUUUGAUUCCAGUGGAAUCUGUGCUUUAGAUUUUUGUGUUGUGAAUCGUAAUUACUUAAGCAAUGCCUGUACAAGCUCCGCAAUGGACGGAUUUCCUCUCCUGCCCAAUUUGCACUCAGACAUUCGACGAAACGAUCAGAAAGCCUAUCAGCCUAGGCUGUGGCCACACUGUCUGCAAGAUGUGCCUGAACAAGCUUCACCGCAAGGCGUGCCCCUUUGACCAGACCACUAUUAACACCGACAUAGAGCUCCUGCCUGUGAACUCGGCCUUGCUGCAGUUAGUGGGUGCUCAGGUCCCUGAGCAGCAGCCCAUUACUUUGUGUAGUGGGGUAGAAGAUACAAAACAUUAUGAGGAAGCGAAGAAAUGUGUAGAGGAAUUAGCAUUGUAUUUGAAACCACUCAGCAGUGCGCGAGGAGUAGGUCUGAACAGCACCACUCAGAGUGUUCUGAGCCGCCCGAUGCAGAGGAAAUUGGUGACGUUAGUCCACUGCCAGCUAGUGGAAGAAGAAGGUCGGAUUCGUGCCAUGAGGGCAGCUCGAUCUUUAGGUGAACGGACUGUCACAGAACUAAUCCUCCAGCACCAGAAUCCUCAACAACUUUCUUCAAAUCUUUGGGCAGCAGUCAGGGCCAGGGGCUGCCAGUUCCUUGGACCAGCAAUGCAGGAGGAAGCCCUGAAGCUGGUCCUGCUGGCCUUGGAAGAUGGAUCUGCUUUGUCUCGGAAAGUCUUGGUUCUAUUUGUGGUGCAAAGAUUGGAGCCACGAUUUCCUCAGGCCUCAAAAACCAGCAUUGGACAUGUUGUUCAGCUAUUGUACAGAGCCUCCUGUUUCAAGGUGACAAAACGUGAUGAGGAUUCCUCCUUAAUGCAAUUGAAGGAGGAAUUUAGGACAUAUGAAGCUCUUCGUCGGGAACACGAUUCCCAGAUAGUUCAGAUUGCCAUGGAGGCAGGCUUGCGCAUUGCCCCAGACCAAUGGUCUUCUCUUCUUUAUGGAGACCAAUCACACAAAUCCCACAUGCAGUCCAUUAUUGACAAGUUGCAGACCCCAGCCUCAUUUGCACAGAGCGUUCAGGAACUAACAAUUGCUCUUCAGAGGACUGGUGACCCUGCGAACUUGAACCGCCUGCGACCCCAUCUGGAACUGUUAGCAAAUAUUGACCCCAGUCCAGAUGCACCUCCUCCAACCUGGGAACAACUAGAAAAUGGAUUGGUUGCUGUGCGCACAGUAGUACAUGGACUGGUUGAUUAUAUUCAGAAUCACAGCAAGAAAGGAACAGACCAGCAGCAGCCUCCUCAGCACAGCAAGUAUAAAACUUACAUGUGCCGAGACAUGAAACAGAGAGGAGGGUGCCCCCGGGGGGCCAGCUGCACAUUUGCACACUCCCAGGAUGAAUUGGAAAAAUUUCGUAAAAUGAACAAACGUCUGGUUCCCAGAAGACCCCUGAGUGCCUCCUUAGGCCAGCUCAAUGAGGUGGGCCUACCUUCAGCAACUAUCCUUUCAGAAGAAGGGGCAGUGGACCUGCCCAGCAGAAAACCUACUGCCCUGCCGAAUGGGAUUGUGUCAGCAGGGAACACAGUGACACAACUGAUCCCCCGAGGGACGGACUCCAGCUACGACUCUGGUCUGAAGCCAGGGAAGAUUGACCACCUGAGCAGCAGUGCUCCUGGAUCCCCUCCUGACCUACUGGAACCUGGACCCAAGAACAUUUCUGCCUUACCUGUGACUCCCCACCCUGUACCCCCUAGGGGACCAACAGAUCUGCCUUCCAUGCCGGUUACCAAACCUCUUCCCAUGGUACCACGAGGUUCCCAGCUAUACUCAGCACCCCAAGCAGAUGUGUUUUAUCAGGAUCCUCGAGGGGCUGCUCCACCUUUUGAGCCAGCACCAUAUCCUCCAGGGAUGUACUAUACUCCAACCCCGCAGUGUGUCUCUCGCUUUGUCCGACCUCCACCAUCUGCUCCUGAACCUGGUCCUCCAUACUUGGAUCAUUACUCACCCUACCUCCAGGAUCGUGUAGUAAACUCCCAGUAUGGGACUCAGCCACAGCAGUACCCACCCAUGUACCCACCACAUUAUGAUGGCCGUCGUGUGUACCCUACUCAGUCUUAUCCACGAGAGGAGAUUUUCCAGGAAAGCCCCGUGCCCAUUGAGAUUCCACCUGCAGCUGUUUCACCUUAUGUACCAGAGUCCAGGGAGAGAUACCAGCAGAUAGAAAGUUAUUAUCCAGUGGGUCCACAUCCAAGUCAGAUAAGACCUCCAUAUAUCAGAGAGCCGUACAGCAGACUUCCACCUCCCCCCCAGGCCCACCCUAGUCUCGAUGAGCUACAUCGACGACGGAAGGAAAUCAUGGCCCAACUAGAAGAGAGAAAAGUCAUCUCCCCACCUCCUUUUGCACCUUCACCAACCUUGCCCCACUCAUUCCAUCCAGAGGAAUAUUUGGAAGAUGACCUGAAAAUCGCUGGGAAAUACAAAGGGAAUGAUUACAGCCAGUACUCCCCUUGGUCAUGUGACACCAUCGGCUCCUACAUAGGGACCAAAGAUGCAAAACCCAAAGAUGCUGUUGCAGCUGGCAGUGUGGAGAUGACGAAUGUGGAAAGUAAAAGUGUGAGAGACCAGAGGCUAGAACUUCAGCGAAGGGUAGCAGAAACCAGUGAUGAUGACCUCAUCCCAUUUGGUGACCGGCCCACAGUGUCCCGGUUUGGCGCCAUAUCUCGAACUUCCAAGACCAUGUAUCAGGGUUCUGGCCCAAUGCAGGCUCUGGCAGCUCAGGGGACUUCCACCAAAUCAAUCAGCAUUUCUGAUUACAGUCCAUAUGGAGCUCACGGUGGCUGGGGAGGUUCUCCAUAUUCUCCUCACCAAACAAUGCCUUCUCAGGGACACUUCACUGAAAGGGAAAGAUUGUCCAUGUCGGAAGUGGCCAGUCAUGGGAAGCCUUUGCCCUCUGCUGAGAGAGAACAGCUCAGACUAGAGCUGCAGCAGUUGAACCACCAGAUUAAUCAGCACACCCAGCUUCGAGGACUCGAGGCUGUUAGUAACAGGCUGCUGUUGCAGAGGGAGACGAACACUCUGGCAGGCCAGCCUCCUCCCCAGCCUCCACCACCACCCCCAAAGUGGCCCGGAAUGGUCUCAAGUGAGCAGUUGAGCUUGGAGUUACACCAGGUUGAGCGGGAAAUCGGAAAGAGAACUCGGGAGCUGAGCAUGGAGAACCAAUCUUCUCUGGACAUGAAGAACAAAUUGGGUACCAGUAAGCAAGCAGAAAACGGACAAGCAGAACCACAAAACAAGGUUCCAGCUGAGGACCUGGCAUUGACAUUCAGCAGUGAGGUGCCGAAUGGAUCAACCUUAUCACAAGAGAACAUCAGCCUCCUGUCAAACAAGACCUCCUCUCUGACCUUGGCUGAGGAUCCCGAGGGAGGAGGAGAUAACAAUGACUCUCAGAGGACAGGAGUCACGCCCAGUUCUGCUCCCUAAAACGAGAGAAGAGCUGCUUUCUUCUUCCCUCGUUCAGUUUGCGGAGGAGAAGGGCAGGAGUGGUGUUCAUAACUUCCAGACCUGCUCUGAGGGUAACCAGAGAAACCCAGGAACAGCAGCAGGUUCGGAGACAAUGUGCACAGACACCACUACUGAAAACAAAACCUGCACAUAGUUCACAUUAAUGCGUUUUUUAAUUAAAAAAAAUGAAAAUAAGCAGUAUCUGCAAGCAAUUCAGAUUAAAUUUGUUUUUGUUCUGUGAAUGAACUUUAUUUUAAUAACUUUGGACGCCUUGGAUCCAGGGCUUUAAAAAAAAAAGAAGAAGAAGAUAUUAUAUAUAUACUCUGUUUGAUUAAUUGUAUGAUCUUAAUGAAGUAGGUUUUUCUUUUAUUUUGGUAUUAUUACAUACCCAGUGUAUACUUCUUACCCACAUCCUUCUUUAACUUGCCUCCCCUCCCCGCCCCAACUUCCCCUAAACAAAAAAGCACCUGAACUCCUUGUGUGAAUUUUAAGGUGCUUCAGAGGCAAAAAUUCGGUUACUGACUGUAAUGUCAGAAAAUGUGCAGUAAACUUUUUUUUUACAAAGUGUGUUGUUUUUGUUUUUAAUGGCAAUCAUUAAUACCUUUUUUCCUUUGCUAAACAUCUUGCCUUUUUGUAAGCAAGUCUUAGGGGUUUUUUUUACCCCUAGAUAUGAGCUAUCAUUACCAACUUUCUCUUUGUUAUAAUUAGAAUACUGAUUUACCUUACUUAGCCCAGGUUAUAAUGAAAGCCAAUUGUAGCUUAGCACUGAAAGCACAGAAUAUGCUAACUUUCUUCUGUUAACCAGGUUAGAGAUUCUUGUUGCAAAUAUUGAGGCAGUGCCUAGAAAUUUGGGGCUCUGUUGUUGGCUUCUGAACUCCAGUUGAAAAAAUCAUGGUGUAUUCAGAAGCCAGUACAUCUUAUAUGAUAGAGUGUAUCACUUGGUCUUAACUGAAAAUGAAUUCAACAUCUAAGUUCCUUUUUACAUGUCUUAGCUUGUUUUAUUUUCUCUUUAUGUCCUGAGAAGAUAGCACUGGAGACACUGAAAGCUCUUUGUUUCCAAGAAGGAUAAAAGAAAGCAAAUUGCCUGGCAUUUGAUGACAGUCUGAAUGGCUAAUCAUCUGUUUUUCUUCAGAACAGUUAGCAGAAGUAGGUAGUUAAUACCUGAAAAUCAAGUUUGGUGGACUUUCACUGACCAUAAUUUUAAAAAAAUUACUCUUCAUUAAGCCAUUGGUAGGAAUGAAGAAUUUUUCUUGCCAGCCACUUAAAAGAACAUUUAAUUAUUGCUGCACGUAUUCUGAUAUUUUAUAUCUACCUGAGCCCGAAAGCCUCUAAAUCUGGUGUUCAGUGGGAAUAAAUUGAUGUAAGUCACCCUUUCUUCCUGCCUAUUGCCCUCUCUUGGCCUGAUUGUUUUGUUUCCUUUUCUGUAUUAGACUACUAAAUCAGAAAGCACUGGUUAUGUAAUAAGUUACUGCAUUGCUUUGGUUGGGUAAAAGCAAGAGUUAAUAUUUUUCUUGUUUAUUUUUUUUCUUAACCCUUAACUCCUGCUAAGGUCAUAGCAACCUUGGGCUAAGCUUUUUGUCCAUCAUACUGUUAAUUAAGGGAGGGGUGGGGGGGAA